GUCAGGCGCUAAGAGCUUCAGUGACGUAUUAAAAUGGCGCCUGCAAGCAUUUAGAAGACACGGCGCCGUUUUUCAAACAUCAGAAGUUAAAAAAACCGACUCAUCCAUUCGGAAUUAUUAUUAUUAGGUAUUUAUUUAAAUGGUGUUGCACACCAGUUUUCUCGGCGUCGACGAUUAAAAAAUCCCGUGUCAUGCCAUGGACAGUGUGAAGAUAGAAUGUGUCUCAAUUAAAGAGGAGUUCCCUGAACGUGAACUUGUCCCCAUUAGAGUGGAGUUCUCUGGGCUGGCUUCCCUUCCCAUUAAACAGGAGCUCUGUGAAUUGCAAUGUGACAGCAGUCAGCCAGAGGUCUCUGAGAUUAAAGAUGAGCACAAUGAAUUGGAGAUCCCCCAGAUAGAAGAACUGCUUCCUGUUAAACAAGAAGAGGUGCUGGGAAUUAAACAGGAGGCCCCUGAAGUAGAGUUUGACCACAUGGACCCAGGGAAGGAAGAAUCGGAUGACUUCAAACCAAACAUCCCUGAGCUGGAGCCUGUACGCCUGCGGGAGUGUAGCGUGGUGCUUGAGAGAAUCUGCGUGAGACAGCAAGGAGGUGGAAAGGAAGACGGACAGUCUUAUUUGGAAUGCAGUCUAGCAGGUUCCAGUCCAGCAGCUAAAGCGAAGGCGUGCGGUGUAGACUAUCCUGACUGUGGGAAAGGUUUCAGCCAGUUACGAGCCCUGAAAGCACACCAGCGAAUUCACAUAGGACAGAAACCGUAUUGCUGCUCUGACUGUGGGAUGAGAUGCAGUCAAUUGGGAAACCUGAAAACACACCAGCGAAUUCACACAGGAGAGAAACCGUAUCACUGCUCUGACUGUGGGAAGAGUUGCAGUCGUUCAGAACACCUGAAAACACACCAGAGAAUUCACACAGGAAAUAAACCUUACUGCUGCUCUCAUUGUGGGAAGAGUUUCAGUCAAUUGGGAAACCUGAAAGCUCACCAGCGAAUUCACACAGGAGAGAAACCGUAUCACUGCUCUGACUGUGGGAAGAGUUUCAGACGGUCAGAAAACUUGAAAAAACACCAGAGAAUUCACACAGGAAAGAAACCAUAUUGCUGCUCUGACUGUGGGAAGAGUUUCAGACAGUCAGGAGACCUUAAAAGACACCAACGAAUUCACACAGGAGAGAAACCAUAUCUCUGCUCUGACUGUGGUAAGAGUUUCAGACAGUCAGGAGACCUGAAAAAACACCAGCGAAUUCACACAGGUGAGAAACCGCAUCGCUGCGCUAACUAUGGGAAGAGUUUCAGUCAGUCCACAGCCUUGUUUCACACAAGCAAAUUCACACAGGAGAAAAACUGUGCUGCUGCUCUGACAGAGAUCACUUUUCAGAGCAAGGCAGCUUUGCGUAGCGCAAUGUAGUGAUUACGCUGUGACUUGUGUAAAUUGCAUAAACCAGAUUAAUGCUGGAGUCUCCUGUGGUUUCUCAGGCUGCUGUGGCAAAUAAAUUUGGCGUGUCAACAUCACGUUUUGUGCCAUGAUGUGAUUUCAUUCCUUUUCAUUUCAUUCAUAAAUAAAAAAACAGUUAUUUCAUUGCAAUGUCACAAGAGGCUUCUCUUCUGUCAGGCUGUAAAUGCAGUCAGUGCCCGGGAGCGCGAAUAUGCAGAAAGGAAACUAUUCCGCAACUUAGUUGAUAUACGAGUCCGGAGAAAUCGAUAACUCAGUGUGGUAAAUGAGUUUCAGGGUUCAGCAUUUCAACUUAAUUAAUCUGAAAAUAAAUAAAUUUAUUGGAACGAGUAUCCUGACCCCGGUAUAUAGCAUCCCAGAGGCAAGAUUGCACCGUCCUGGCAAUCGCCUGGAUGAUUAGUCUUGUAAAUUCAUCACGAUUUUAGAACUAAUUAAAUAAUAAUGUCUUAGGACUGUAUUUUGACAUGAAUGACUGAAUAUUGCGUGACGUGUAGCUUUGCACUGUGCAUUAGUCAUGCUUUUAUUUUAGCCUGCUUUUGUAAACUGACCCAAUUAAUAGACGUUUAGCAAACAUGUGUAUUGAUCUUAGGUACAGAGAGGCAUACAGGUUUUAUCCCUCUUUCUUGCUCUUUUACAGUAGUUUACACUCUGACAAAUUACAAAUGAAAACGUAGCUUAGCUACGACUAUUAAUGGAUUAAUCUACCGUAACAGAGCACAAAAUAUAAAAUGCAGUCUGGUAAUUCAAAUAAACACGGGGUGAGGUGGUUCUGUAGAGUUUGCAGUGGAUUUGUUUACCUUUAGUACAGAUCCAUACCGGUGCAACAGAUGCUUUGAAACAAAUUUUCUUUUUUUUUUUCUUCAUAAUGAAAUGCUGCUGUGUUGUAGAUACUGUAUCUUGUUAAGGGACCUUCAUAUUAUGAGGAGGCUUUACUACUACUUACUACUACUAAUACUACUACUACUACAUUCGCUAUCCUACAUUCAUAUUUCCUGCACACAUACCAUCCACUGAACAGAAUGUGUGCAUUAAUAAACAAAGGGCAUGUGUUUUGGUUAUUUUUUUCUUUUCUUUCUUUAUCUUGUUCAGAAUUUUACUUAGAGUUGUUAUCUCUUCCCCCAUAUUUUCC